UUUUGCAGAGAAUCUAUGUUGUGUUUUGUUCUUGCAGCACUUGCGUGGUUUCCCACUCCCCCCUCCUCAACUCCUCAACUUCCUUAACAUGAGUGAAUAACUGCCACAGCCACUUAGUGUCUGGUCAGUGCUCGGUGCCUCUGUCACAGUGUUGUUUACUCUUGUCCGUGUCGUUUUGGGCGAUGAGGGCUGGAAAACAGCUGCUGCUCCUGGCAGCGUUCACAGUCGUGGCAAGAUGUCAGCAAAAGCCAAGCGUUUCGAUGUCGCCAAAGCUCGAACAGAUCUUCACUGGGGACUUGUUCUACUUGACUUGUGAUGAAGGUGUAAGUCCAGUGAAAUGGUACAAAGACGGUGUGGAAAACACGUGGACCAACAAAAUGGUGAAGAUACCAGCAGCUUCCCCCCAGCAUUCAGGCUCUUAUCAAUGUGAGAGCAACGGACAAAGAAGCGACAGUUUCUCCAUCGAAGUCCUGAAAUACCUCCCCAGUGCCUCGCUCACCAUCCUGACAGGUCAGCCAGUGAUGCCACUAGAAGACUCGGUUAUCCUGAAGAUUGAGAACGAGGAUGGUCUGCAAGGAUGGAACUGCUGGGUCAACAGAGGAACGACGACAAGACCGAUUAAGCUGAAGCUUAAAGAGGACACUGUGAGUCUGCCCUUUCAGACCAAUAAGCUGACAGUCCCCGAGACCGUUUACUGGUGCACGAACAGUACUCAAGGAUGCAGAAGUAACCAAAUCACUCUCAGGACCUCAGAUAAGAGGGUAUUGCUGGAAAUGUAUCCUCUGCCUGCUGUGGCUGGAGAGCGCCUGACUCUGAGCUGUAUCGCGCGGGGCACAGAUCGGAUCAGCCAGACCAUCUUCUACAGAAACGACCAAAUCAUUAUGACAAGUGACAAAAGUACCUACGAAACAGAUUCUGAAGAGGGAACAUAUAAGUGUCAUGCCACCUUCACAUACAUGGCCCGGACUAGCGGGCCUCCGGUCAAGGAGGUUUCUGACAAUCAGGAGGUGUUUCCCCAAGAACAUCCUGUCCAAGCAGAGCUCUCUGAAAACAUGGACUGCACCUGCAAAUCAUGUCCCUCUGGCGCAUGGUCGUACCGGUACUACAAGGAACACCAUCAGUCCUGGGCCUUUGUGAGUUCUGAUACAAAGCCACAUGGAUCCGGUACCUUUCGUUGCAGAGCUGUGUUGGACAACAUGAGGACUUCCCUCAGCGCUCCUGUUUACGUCCCUGCUGCAGAACCAAAUCUACUUCUGAUCAUAAUUGUUCUAGUCGCUGCAUCGGUGAUUGUGCUUCUGGUAGCUGUGGCAUGCUAUAUAUCGCAUAGGAGGAGAAAUGCCCAAGGGGCAAUUUAUGAGGAUGUGGCGCUUAAGUUACGACGGGGAGGCGAUGACGACAAAUAUGAGACGCUGCAGAAGGCUUCGCGGACGGAGGCCGAAUACGACACGCUUCAGUCAGAAGCAGCGGGAACACAGAAGAAAAGUGGUGAAUAUGAACCACUGAGGAAGGAGGAGAUGAAAGAGGGGGUGUACCACACUUUGGGGAUGGAGGGGGCAGUAGCAGCGGGAGGAGGAGGAGGAGGAGGAGAGGGUGGGUACGAAGCACUGAAGAAGCAUGAAGUGAAAGAGGGGGUGUACCACACUUUGGGGAUGGAGGGGGCAGCAGGAGGAGCAGGAGGAGGAGGAGAGGGUGGGUAUGAAGCACUGAAGAAGCACGAAAUGAAAGAAGGGGUGUACCACACUUUGGGGAUGGAGGGGGCAGUAGCAGCGGGAGGAGGAGGAGGAGGAGGAGGAGAGGGUGGGUACGAAGCACUGAAGAAGCAUGAAGUGAAAGAGGGGGUGUACCACACUCUGGGUAAGGAGGGCAAAGUUUGAGGACAGGGAGGAUAUGAAGGGAAGAAGGUCAAAAGGACGGUCUGAGAUGGAGGAAGAAUGAAGCAGAAGCAGAGGAGACAUUAAGGGAGACGUACAUCUCUGUGGCUUCUUUGCUCAUUAUGAAAAAUGACAUUUUCUACAAACUAGCAUGUCUCAUUCAGUAUGCUGAAGUUCAAAUUCUAUUAUUAGACAAAGUUAUACCACACUUCAGUGCUGUAUAGGGACAAGUAAGUAACUUGAGGUAUCUUUCUCGCAUGUAUUCUUGAAUAAAGAGUCAAAUCCGUGUCAGGCUGUAAGAAAAAGUCCAGACAUUGGUGUAAAAAGAAGCCUUAAGUGUAGUUUUACAUUAAAGAUGAACAGGGAGAAAUGCUAUCAGGUAGCAACUGUGUGCUAAUAUUUAUUAAUCAUACAAAACAUUGUGCAAAAUGUCCUCAUAGGCUUGCACCAUAGACGAAAAAAAGGGAUUUUGUGACAUCAACAAUCAAAAAACAACAACAGAUUCAUAAACACCUUUCAGUUUUACAUUCAUUUCAAGCCAACUAGUGGUACAAGUGGUCAUCUUUCUAGUGUUCAGACUCAUCAUACAUAUAUUUGCUUUAACAGUGUUAUUCAUUUAACUCACUCAAACUGAGCAGUCAGAUUGAGCUUUUGCAUACAGCGGCUCAGCUUUUCUAAGUCAGUUUCUAACAUAUAUUUGGACGCUUCGGAAAAUAAGCGCAUACAGAGAUGGAGAGCAUUAUCACAAGUAUCCUUUUCUUUUUCUCUUACUAUGUAUUUGCCACAGUUUUGCUUGAUGUUAUUUGCACACAUAAAAAAAAGGCAAAAUGUUUUGUACUGUGAUUCCUUCUUUGCACUCAAAUGUAAAUGUAUUAUAUUAUAUUAUAUUAUGCAGCGUGUUUGCUAAUGAUGAGACAGCAUCUUGUCGACAUAUUGCUGAAUUUUGUGCUGAAAUAAACAUAUUUUGAUUAAA